CAUACGGAGCUGCUGGCUGACCAGCUAGGCCGAAAUCACUUAAGACGCGUACCUCGUUAUAACCUCUACGCGCCGCGCCACUUCGCACAUCUUCGCGCGCGCGCACCCCACCCCUACCCCCCACCCACACACACACACACACACACUCACACGCGCACACACCGACACGUGCACGGGCCACACGCACGCACACGCACACAGUGACACAGGACGGUCAACCCUUUCUCAUAGACAUUCGCACCAGUCACGCAUAUCGGCCGCUGACAUUCACACGAGACACGCGCACGUAACCAUCCACGACGUAAACCAGCAUUGUCAACCGCUGCGGCCCAGACAUGUAAACAUCGCGUACGCGCACCGUAAACAUCAUCGUCUUCAGAUUCAUCGCACCCGCUCCCCCCUGCAAGUACGACGUGAAGAAUAGCCGGCCGAGAUCGCUCGGACAUUCUGACACUUGGCCAGUUCGUAGGGCCGAACCCGAGUGCGACGCGCAUUCACUUGCCCACUUCACGUGAUAACGGUGCCGCUGGACAAUUGUGCUUUUCCUUUCCAAUCCUCACGAAGGGGCAGCCUCCUCUCUGCGCGACAUUCACGCACGACUCUACCCUUCGAAGGGUAAUCGAAGCUCGUUGCGAAGUUGUCGCGAAUUCGUCGACUGACGCGCUUUGCCGGUGUCUGGGGGAGCUUGUCUUGCGAAUGUGACACCCAGGACUUCUGGGCGAACCGUGAUACUCUGGUAGCUAAUUACGUGGCUCGGUUCUUCUUUGGACUUGGGAGGAUUUUCGAGUGUCGGACUACUGGAGGAUUACAAGAGGAAAGACUGUCGGCAGAGAUAAUCGUUGGGAAACGCCCCUUGUGUCGCGCCAACCCCUAAACACAGUGUGCACGUGUUCUCACGGAUACAAGAACGUUUAGGACGCAACGUAUAAUUUAAAGACUGACGAAUGAAGCCGUAACGAAGAGAGCCGGCUGGUGCGCAUAAACUAGGACUAAGAAGGAGACAGGACCUUUCGCAUCUACACGACAACGUUCUUCACUGGAUAAAAAUCGAAGCAUCGACAAUCGAGACGAGGAGGUUUGGGGCAGCUAGCCCUUUGGCGAGCUCGAAGGAUGCAGCUCCCAGGCGGGAGCACGAGAAGUCCGCCAGCGAGACCUCCGGCCUCAUUUCUCGCGUCCUCCACGAAAAGCAAGAGCAGCCGUAUCGACAGCAAUAACAGUCGCAAAAGCAACAUCAGCAGUAGCAGCAGUAGCAGAAGAAACAGACCCGCCGACAAUAACAACGAACCGAUCCCCCUGAAUCAGCUCGAUUCGAGGACGAGCUGCCGCCGACACAGAGUCUCUGAAAAGUACCAGCUGCUGGCCUCAACCCCUCGGCGGAAGGAGUGGGGAAAGGAAUAGGGAAGAGAAGAAGUAGAAGAAGAGAAAAAGGAGGACGAGGAAGAAGGUGAAACGGAAAGGGUGAGAUUCGAGAGGAAGGAAAGGAGAAAUAGUGCCGACGUCGUCGACGGCGGCGGCGGCGGCCGAAGAAGAGGAAGAAGAAGAAAGAAAAGAAGGAGAAGAAGAGGAAGUGAGGAAGGAGGACGAGGAAGAGAAGGAAAAAGCGACGGCGAGAGAAGAGAGUACGCUUGAGGCGGAGAAAGAGGCGGAAGUGGAGAAAAAGACGAAGACGAAGGAGAGGAAGGCGAAGGAGAAAGAGAAGAAAGAGAAGAAAGAGCGGAAGGUCAGGAGCAGAAGACUCGUGGAAGGUGUGGAAGAUACAGGGACUGAGAACGGCAACGAGGACGAGCGUGAGAGGGAGAGGGCCAAAAGGAGAAGGAGAAGGAGAAGGAGAAGUAGAAGGAGAAGGGCGAGAAAGCGGGCAGGAGUGUUGGUGGUGGGGAUCCGAGGCGGCUAGAAGGAACGGGAAGGUGGUGGUAGUAGUGGCAGAGUGCAGAAGCAGAAGCAGCGCGCUGAGCCACGAGGGGCUAUUCGAGCGAGAAGGGGAGGGGUGACGAGGAGCCCUGGCGGGGAGGGGACGCGGAGGCCUUCGGGGGGCCGACCAACCAGAAGGCCGAUGAUGUCAUCGGAGGAGGAGACCGACUGUUUCGCCCUCUACGGAGCAACCACGGACAGCAAGCAACAGCAACUCCUGAAGAAGCAGAAGCGCACCAGACAGCGCGUGGACGCCGGAGAGCCGCGUAACAGCUACUCGAGCAUUCCGAACUUCAGCUCCCGGCCAUCCUUCCUCGGUGGCGGUCUUUACGGCGCUAUCUUCAGCAGUAACGGACCCCAGCAGCUCCAGCAGCCUGGAGCCGCGGGCACCCAGGCCCACCUCGGCAACACGGGACCCACCAGUCAGCAUUCCGCCCACGCGGCCUUCGGAUUCUUCGGCGCCCCGGGCUUCGGCCCCGCCAAGAUGCUCAACGAGCUCCUCGGACGACAGGUCAAGCAGGCCAGCGACGCCGGCGGCUCGCCGCCCGAGGGUACCCACGGCAUGACAGGCGCCGGCAUGGACCCUGCCGCGGCUAACCUCCAGCCACCCGCUGCCGCCGCCGCUGCCGCAGCUGCUGCCGCUGCGGCCGCCGCCAAUUGCGACGACCCAGCCACCGCCGUCGAGCUCACCCAGCACAUGCUCCGCGAUAUACUUCAGGGACGCAAGCUUACCGCUCUCUCCGUUCAAGAACAGCCUACCAACAACAACAGUAUACAUAGUAACAACAACAACACCACGACGGAUCUCCUCAAGUCCCAAGUUCAGCAGCAUCAGCAUCAGCAGAGCAGUCCCCAACAACAGGGACAACAACAAAACAGUGAGAGUGCGUGCGCGGUCAGUGGGACAGUGCACAGUGGAGGGGAGGAUAGUGGUGACUGUAACAAUUUGGUGAACGCGAUACCGGGUUCAGGCGUGCCGAUUACGCUGUCCGCGGGCACGGGGACAGGCAGCGCCAUCGCGAAUCAGAAUCACGGUGAUCGGGACAACCUGGUGAUGCCGGGGGAUGCGGAGGACAGUGCUGAGGAUGCGGCGUCAGCAGCUCGCGCCAUGGAGGAGGCCUUUGCCGAAGCUGGCAUGGACCCAGGAGCCAAUCUCGAUGGCUCCGACUGUGAGCAGAGUCUGCCUCCUAGUCCAUCGGUGACGCGAUCCGCUUCCGUUUCCGUUAAGGAGGAACUCCAGGAGUCACUUGCGCUGAAACGCAGUCCUAGCCACUCGCCGUGUCCUAUCGUACCAAAAACCGAAAGUAGUUCGCCCACCACUGAAAUCAAACGAGCCCGCGUCGAGAACAUCGUCAGUACGAUGCGCAGUAGUCCCGCGCUACAGACCACCCCCACCGUCAAUGGCUGCAAGAAGAGGAAGCUCUACCAACCCCAGCAACAGACGGUCCACCAUGUUUUCCAUCAUGACGUCAGUGAAACGAUACUAGAAGAUGACGACGAGAGCGAGGAGGAAGAAGAUCCAGUGACGAUACGACAGAAGCGCGAAGUGAAGGAUACCUUGAAGAGUCAGCUAAAGUCGUUACACGCAGAGUUGACAGCAAUGCAGCAGAAAUAUGCAGAGCUCUCGAGUCGGAUGGAUACGGAAGUAAGCGAGAGUGGCGAAACCCCACCUAGUCCUCAGCAUCAACCUCAGCAACCACCUCCGAGACCACCAAGGCCUCACCCACCACCCUACAAUGGGUUGGCAGCCCUGCCAUCGGAUCAUCCGCACGCAGCAGCUGCAGCCAUGUAUCACAUGGGACACAAGCUCUACCUGGAGCAGCAACAUGCGGCGUUGGAAAGGAUGAAGCAGCACCAGGAAGCUGCUGCCAGGCAACAGCAACAUCAUCCGCAGAAUUCGCCGCAGCCGUCCGUGCAAAGUCAACAACAAAGUCAAAAUGGGACAGGGCCACCAACGCCCCAGACGCCCAUGCAACCCGUAACUCCACUUCAACAACAGCACAAAGAGUUCCAGGAGAGGUUGAACGUAUUUCGGGGUGCCGUCAGUGCGGCAUCCUCUGGUGCCAACCAUAUCACCGGUACCGACCUGGACGGUCUUGCUGAUAUUUUGAAAACAGAGAUCACGUCGUCCUUGACCAAUGUAAUAGAGACUACGGUAGCUAGGUUUGCGCAGCAAAGGAGGUUUCUUGGUAAGCAGACCGAGGCUGCGCAGGCGGCGGUUGAUCAGCUAAACAAGGACAUCGUUCUGGCGAGUCAACUCCUAGAGAGGAAGUCGCCCAGGACGAAGGUCGUUGACCGGGGAGUACCACAACCACCGAAUGGCCCAAACGGGCCGCGGGGGCCCCUCAAUGGUGGGCCCCCGCCGCCACAUCCCCCGGGUUUCGUGCAAAUGGGACCUAUGGGUCCUCACGGACCUCAUUCUGGACCCACAGAAAAUAACCUCAACCAAAUAAAUCAGUUGCCACCGCACGUCAGGCCCAGCGUUGGCAUGUUCCAAACCCCAAAGCCUCCAACGAUAUACGGCAUGGCCUCGAUGCAGGCACAGCAGCAGCAGCAACAGCAGCAGCAACAUCAUCGCGAACAGCAACAACGCGAGCAACUCCAAAGAGAUCAGUACUGCGGACUAAGGAUCGAUGAUCGUGAAACUAGGGACUCCGAACAAAACGAGGCCCUGUCCCUCGUUAUGACGACAAAGAAGAAACGUCAUAAGGUUGGACAAUUCUAUGUGACGGAUACUCGAAUUACCCCAAGGACGGUAUCGAGAAUUUUAGCCCAAGAGGGUAACGGGUCUCAGGGCGGUAGUGACAGCCCACCGCCGCCACCACCCCCAAGACCUUAUCAUGCGCCACCUCCGAUGCUCCCAGUCUCGUUACCAACAAGUGUAGCGAUACCAAAUCCCAGCCUCCACGAGAGUCAAGUCUUCUCGCCGUACUCGCCGUUCUUCAACCCCCACGCGGGUCACCCUGGUCAGGUGCCACCCCCGGGAGCACAUCACCUACCGGCAAGUCCGCCGAGCGGGCAUGUCGAACUCAGGGACUCACCACCACUACCUCAUCCACCAGCGAUACUACAUCCUGCGUUACUCGCUGCAGCACACGGCAGUCCCGAUUACGGACACCUAAGGAUGGACAGCAACGACAGGGGUAGCGAUUGCAAUUCCGGAGAGAUCAGCUACGACGGAGUUCAGCCUACAUCGUCGACGUUGACGCCGAUGCAUCUGCGAAAGGCGAAGCUGAUGUUCUUCUGGGUGAGAUACCCAUCCUCGGCCGUCCUUAAGAUGUACUUCCCGGACAUCAAAUUCAACAAGAACAAUACCGCCCAACUGGUCAAAUGGUUCUCCAACUUCCGGGAAUUCUAUUAUAUUCAAAUGGAAAAAUACGCCCGCCAGGCCGUAUCCGAAGGCGUGAAAAACGCGGAAGAUCUUCGGGUCGGUGGCGACUCCGAAAUCUAUCGGGUACUCAAUCUACACUACAACCGCAACAACCAUAUUGAGGUAUGGGGUCCCCAGGUUCCAGGAAACUUCAGGUACGUCGUAGAGCAGACCUUGAAGGAAUUCUUCAAGGCCAUCCAAGGUGGCAAAGACUCCGAACAAUCCUGGAAAAAGUCAAUCUACAAAGUAAUCUCGAGGCUGGACGAUCCAGUGCCCGAGUACUUCAAGAGCCCAAAUUUCCUCGAGCAACUCGAGUGAAUGCGACCACGACGUCCUCCGUGGUCCACUAACCCGCGGCAGGACACUUACCAGAAAGCCACGAGGAAGAAUCCUGCAUUCUUGCAUUCCUGCAUUCCUGCCACGAGGUAGAACUUCGCGAGAAGCGCAUCAGGUAUCCUUAGUAACAUAUCCAAACGGCCAGACCGAAAGCACCUAGAAUGGAAGGGAGACCACUGUACGAAAACUCUUGAAAAGGCACCGCGAAACGGAUCGAGAGAAGAGUGCGAGAGAGAGAGAGAGAGAGAGAGAGAGUAAAAAUGAGAGCGAGAGAGAGAGAUAGUAUGAGCGUCAGAAAGCUUGUGAGACAUUGCGUGAAAGUUAGAUACCUAAGUAAGACAGUAAUAUCGGUCCAAUGAGUGCGAGGAAGAGAAAACAUUUUUCCGAGACGCUAAGAGGAAUUCGAUGAACCGGAAGAGCACGUUAUAGGAAAGGACUUCCUGUGACGUCGCUUCUCACGUAAAGACGUUCGACGAUACAUUCCGCGGAAAGCGAAUCGAUCGGGAUGUAAUAAUUAGGAAGAAUCGAUAACCGAUUACGAUUAUUGUACGCGAUAUCCAAAAGAUUCGUAACUCGAUCCGACGUUCUUGGUCGUUCAAUUCCAUUUUGGCAUUUAAAUUGCACGCGAAAUUGAUGCGAGUGCAGAAAUAGGAAGUGAAGCGUGUGACAAUGUGUGCGUGUAUAGCAGAGCGUACGAAGAACGUGGGUGCGCUGGGUACGAGAAGGACGGAAGAGAUAAGAAGAAAAAGAAGGAAAAUAGCGAGAAUGACGUAGGCAUGAAAAGUAUGUGUGAAUCGGUGAGAAUUCUUUGCGAAAUAAUAAUUGCGAGAAAUACCCAAUUAUCGAGUUUGUUUUUUGUCUGUUUGUUACCUAGUAAUUCGUUACCACAUAAACGCUAACUCAUUGAACGACAGGUUUAGUCUACUGAAAGAAAAAGGAAAAAAUACUUAGCCGUGUAAGUUGUACGAUGACAGCGGAUCGGUUGCACUCGCGGAGAAUGGGAUGGAUGGACGGAUCCAAAGAAGAAUAACCAAAAGGAUGGAGAAAGAAGUGAAAGUCAAGAGGAGGAAGAUCAACGAGGGAGGAGGAAAGGGAGGAGGGGGCAUCCAAAGAAUAAGAUCGUUAUCUACCAUAAACUUAUAAGACAAGUGAAAUGUCCUAUUGGUCGUUUUUAAUACAAAGAUGGAUCCUGAUCGGAUUGAUCUUUUUAUUUGAAAUUAAAAAAAAACAAAGUUCUCUCAAUAUUCCUGGCGAGCAGCAGAAUCCGGUGAUUCGUUCUCAAUAUCGCGGAUGAAGACGAUCGUUCGCGACAAAACGAUCCGUCCGUCAGGGGGUCAAUGGAAACAGGUGUCAGGGCGGCGUAUCGGGCCCUUUUUUUGUCACCUUUUUUUCGCGGGUUAACCUAAAGACCCUUCCGUUAAUCCAAAAGCGUUGGUCGUCGAUCGAAUCCUGAAGAUACGAAUUUCACUAAAAUUGACAAAUUUUCGAUGAAAAAUCUUUUGGGUCCGACCGACAUUCGGCGACCCCCCAGGCCUAAACCCCACAGCGAUUAGGUACGGAUAGCUUUGCUCUUGGUGCCUCGUCGCUGUCGGGCUGGCCUCACUAGAGGGAGAGAGAGAGAGAGAGAGAGAAACGAACUUAAAGAGGAUAGGAGAUUGCACACUUUCGAAAAAGGUAGUAUAUGCUAUAAAGAGUUAACGACGAGUGAAUAAUUAAAUUAAAGAAAAAAAAUAUCAAUAAAAACGGGCUCGUGUCGCCGAUUCGACGCGAAGGCCUACUGUAAACGCCUUUUAAAACGUGCGACGUUCAACGUCCGCCCAUUGAGAACGAUUAUCUUAAUAAUUAAAUGCUUAAAAGGAAGCGAGAGAAGAUUUUUUAAAAUUAGAAAAAAAAUCCCACCGACGUAAUACACGAAGGAGAGAAUGUCGAAUAACGGCCGCGAGGAAAAUGGAAAAAAGUUGGAUGUCUCUGGUUCGCGAAUCCGCAGAGUGCACUAAAUCAAUCUAAUUAAUCGAGGGCUCUCGGGUGACGGACCGCGCGAUUCGUGCACGUACUACGCGAACACCCUAUAUAAAUACCUAGAGAACAAAAUACGACUAAUGACACAGCCAUAAGAACCAAGUAAAUUCACGCGAUACACCCUAAUAGGAAACUAUUGCAGGGAGAGGAAAAAAAAAUUAAAAAUUAUAGGUAAUGACGUAGCUGCUGUUGUCAUGACUGCUAUCAAUAUAUAAAAUUACAAUGCGUAUGCGUGUCAGUGUUUCAUUGUCAGUAUACGGAGGGGGAAUGGGAGGGACGUAGAAAAAGGAGGAUUCCCGGUUAUCCCGGUUAGCCUUCUAAUUUAAAUAAGUCAGAUAUAGUCAAGGUAGAAAAAGGAUGAAAUACCGAAGGAAUGAUUGUCAGGAAGGUCGAAGGUCAGGACUAUGUAGGUUUUCUAAUCCUUUGUUAAGGUAUGCAAAUUAGUGUGUUUAAGCGACAAUGUAUUAUCGGGUAUCGGUGAAGGAAUGCUAGUGAUCCAUAUACCUGCGUUACAUCUACUCCUAGUUUAUAUUACGUACCUACGUAGGUGGACGGUGUCGCGCGGUACGACGGACCAGUCAACUGUCUAAUAUAUAACAUACGUCAUUACACACACACACACACACAAAUACACACACAUGUCCGGCCGACCCGCGCCAACCACAAUUAUUUCGACUGGAUAUAUAUAUAUAUAUAUAUAUCGAAUAGAUUUCCACGACGACAAAAUUUCGAGAUUUUUUUUUCCUAAUAAUGAACAAAAAACGUAAAUAUGACGUUACAGAUUUAGGGAUUUAAGAUGUACAUAAAUAACGUUAUAACGUGUAGACGAUAUAUGGGGGACGUGACGAAACGAAAUUUUUUGAACAAAAGUGUCGGUGAGAGAAUGUGAGGAAGAGAGUGAUUGAGGAGUGCGUGUAUUGUGCGUGAAAAACGGUACGAGUGCGUGUGCCUGAAAGUGAGAAUGUAAGACAAUCUUUUAUUUUUUGUAAAAUUUCAAAAAAACCAAUUUCGGAUACAAAUUUUCAUACUCUUCACUUUUCUUGUUCUUAAUCUUUUUUUGCGUUGAGGGGUAGCAUAUGCAUUACGCAUGGUCGCCGUGCGUUAACUGGCACGAAGUGAGAAAGAAAAAAGGUUGAAAAAGACAGAGGGAAAGUGACGGUGAAAUUACGUGAAAAUCUAAAGGUUCAAAUCGGUUCAAGGGUAGGGACUGUUUGGUGGGUACAGCCCGGAAAAGGUAACCACGCGAGAGUGACUACCUAGGCUCAGGCCUAUAUACACCUGUGUAUGCAUAUGUUGCGUAUAUCGAGAUACAUGCCCACAUAUAACUUUACGUAUGUAUUUUCGUAUAAAGGUAUACGAGUCACCUUUCGGAAGAGUCAUCAGACAACCCAACACAAGGGCGAGUCGCGAGAUUUUGAAAAAUUUUUUCAAAAAUUUUAAACUGGUACCGAACACUGAGUGUGCAUGGAUUAGCAUGUGGGAGAGAGAGAGAGAGAGAGAGAGAGAGAGAGAGAGAGAGAGAGAGAGAAUGAAUGAUUACAACAGCGAGAAAAACCAAGGCGUAAGGAUAAAAUGGACAGAUAGAUAAAGAGAAAGCAAACAAAAAGAGAAGAAAACAUUUUUAACGGACGUGGGACAACUAAAAAAUUUAUGCGCGAUAAAGGUGUAACAAGGACGGAGAGAGGACACAUUAUAUAUGUACGAUUAUAUACAUAGCUGGUAAAUAAUUAAGAAAGGUUUAGGCUAGUCGCAGAGACGAGAGUACAUGAAAAAAAAAAAAAAGAAAAAGUAAGUGAAGUACCGACGGCGUCCUAAGUGAAGUUUAACAAAAGAAAAUUAAUAAUAAUAAUAAUAAUAAUAAUAAAUGAGAAGUUGUGUUAACUAGGCGCGGGUACGUAUUAUAAUAGAGUAGAUUAUAUAAAUAUAUAUAGAAAAUAUAUAUAUACAUAAAAAUAUAUAUAUUAUAGAUUUAAAGAGAAAAAUUGCCGGCGAAUAGUCGACAGUACAUGCAACGUAUACACAUAUGUACACACGCGCGCACUGACGUCGACGAAGACAAUUAAACUAACACGCAAUCAAAUUUGCACAUAUGCAAAUACGAAUGUAGGUGCAGUCUUCUCCGUGUUGAAUACCUUUCGCGAUACCAAAUGCAAACACACACACACACACACACACACACACACUCAUAAAUUGGCGUAAUUGGCACACAGACACGAAAAGAGAAACCUGUAGAUAGUAAUUAUACCAGACAUUAAUUAUACAUAUAGUACAUGCAUACUUCGGGUGGUAGCAAGUCCUCGUAAUCUUACCUACAUACCAUACCUUACUAUUACUAUAACUCUCGCUAUUAUUAUUAUUAUUAAAGAAAUUAUUAUUAUCAUCAUUAUAAUUGUCACCAUUAAUCAAUUAAACCGAUACGAUUACUAUUAUAUAUUCUCGGCGUCGGGCUUCAAUUACCGCCGAUAAUCACGAUUAUUAAUAUUUAUCGGCCCACGGCUAUCAGUUAUCAUUUAUUAUUAUCAUUAGUUAUUAUUAUUAGUUAAUUAUUUAGUUGUCCUUAUAUGUAUUCUCAUCGCGACUGAGCAUUCGUAUAAGAGACCUUCGGGUGUCGGGUACGUGGUCGAGUUAGUUGAUUUUGAAAAUUGACCAAUGACUAUUCGAGAGCCAACGAGAGAGAGAUUGAAGUAAGAGCGAGAGAGACAGUGUGAGUACGUUUGCGAGCGUGCGUGAGCGAGAGAGUGCGAAUGUGAAUGGAAGAGAGAUAGAUAGGAUAGGUAGAUAGAGAGAGAGAGAGAGAGAGAGAGAGAGAGAGAGAGAAAGAGAGAGAGACAGUGACGAGGGGACAAUGCGCGUCUCUCCUUUUGUAGCCCUGCGCGGAAGCCCCGUGUAAACGCGUGUCAAUUGUCAAAUGUACAUUUAAUUGCGUCGAUCAUCAUUUCCCGAGUACCAUUCCGAGUGCCAGCGCCGAAAUAACGACGUUUACGUUAACGCCAAAGCCAACGCCAAGAACACAACCCCCCUAAGAGACGCUAUACAGGGUGUCGUAUGACAAUAUCCCUGCCUACUUUUUCCCCACUCUGUUUUAUCGUUGUCGCGAUGCCAAUUGCUGAAAUUGUAUUUUAGUUAUCCUUACUAUGAUUAUUAUUAUUAUUAUCAUUGUCAUUAUUAUAAACCACCGUAACCGCGAUUAUUAUUAUUAUUAUUAUUAUUAUUAUUAUUAUUAUUAUUAUUAUUAUUGCCACCAUUGUAUCAUUACCCCAUAUAAUUAUCUAUAUAAUUAUUAUUAUUAUGAUAAUGAUUAUUCUAUUGCUAGUAUAAUUAAUUACGCAUGUACACACGACGUCGAGGGAAAGAGAGAAAGAGAUACGUCACUGUUGCAUAUGCAUGGCACUCACGCACUUCGGCACGUAACGCGUACACUUUUUUUGCAAGCGGUGAGUCUUAACCUAGUCACGAGUCACUAUUUUUUAAUUGAUUAUCGAUCGAUUUAUUGAUUAUUUUAUUUAUUAUUCACGCUAAUAAAAAAAGAAAUGAGACAUUGGAACUUUAGAUUAUCGACGGUGAAUAUUAUUUUUCCGUCUUUCUUUUUAUUUUUACUCAUUCCUCCCAUAAUCCUGUGUGUUUCGAGGUCAUGCGUUCUUGUGGAUAUGAGAACAUUUCGUUCCUUGCGUCCUGGACUAUCGCGGUAUUGGAGCCAUUAUCCUUGAGUUCCUUUAUCUGUUAUUUUUAGGUUUUGGAAAAAGUGAUUAUUUUUUUGUCGUUUUCAUGCAAUUAAGGCAAUUCGGGAUGGAGGGUCGAAGUCAUGAGAAUUGAAGGGGUGAUGCGAAUAUCAGGCAGAAGCGAAGGCUAACAGACAGAUUUCAGGUCGAGGGAUGUGAUCCUUAUGACGGCACCGGAAAGAUCGCAAAAAUCGAAGCUGCAGAUGAAUUAGAAAAUAUAAAUCCGAGAAAGAAAGAGUGUAGGUCGAGAAAUGAGUAAAAGAAAUUCUAAUGUGUACUGUAUUAUAGUGGAAGAUAUCGCCUAACGUGAGUCACGUCGACUCGCGAAAUUGGCCUAAAACAUUUUUGGUCUAACUUCGGUGAAAGUUCGGAAUUUUGAAAAUUGGAGGUCAAUCGGUGAUACGACGAAGUCAUGAAAUAUAAAAGAAAAGAGAAUGUGAUAGUCGUUCUAAUUAGAGUUUUGGUAUGUUAAUUAUCUUAAGUAUCUACUUCCAUUUCGCCCCGACUUUUGGCUUCGAUUCUCGUACGAUAUUUAGGUAUAAUUUGGAUUUUUCGAAUCUUUCGGGUGACCAAAAACAAAUCAUUUCGCAUUGACCGAAUUUCUACCUUAUCAGAGAGAAAACGGGAUAUUAGCAUAGCGAGAGUAUACGCCAGUACAUGGGUGUUUGAAUGGGUAUUUACGAAUGACUGUGUGAACCGAUACUGACACUGACACUGAUACCUGCUGCAUGUAUGCAAGAUAAAGAGAAAGAAAAAGGAGAAGAAACGCGAGUGAAAGUCCAAUAUGAAAAAAAGUAAAAAAAAAAUAGUCAGUCAAAAUUUGAAUUCAUAAUUCCACUUCCCGCUUGAUAUCAGCUGACUCACUGUAAAUCAUUUUGCUGACUAAAGCAACAACGCGACCAGCUAAACCCACUGACGCGAUCCAAAGAUUUGAAAUUCCAGUACAAAAAAUUUAGAUAAAAACAAAAUAUUUUUUCUCACGCAAACUAUAUCUUAGUUAUAUUUUCAUUAAAUUUUCUUCCUCCGUCAUAACAUCUAAUAUCUUAACGUCGCGAUUUUUUUGAUCCCGGACAAAAACCCACUACCAGUACUCAAAUCACAAUUGGCGAUACUUGGAAAAAAAUAUAUAAUACGUAACAGGAAGAUUUGAUCAAUAAGGCCAAUCACUUUAAUUGAAUUGAAUUGGACGCCGCCUUAAAGAGCAGCACGUCAUUACUAAUGAAACCAUAUUCGAUUAUAAUGACAGUUAACGAGUCUAUCGGAAUGAAUUCACUUUUCGAUAUUAUAUAAUAUUCAGGAAACACAUCUGUAUCAUUCACAUUUUUAAUGAGAAUUAUAUACUCGACAAUGUCUGGGGAAAGACGAGAAUCCGUAUGAAAUCAUUAAAAUGCAUUUCGAAAGAAGCGAUGAUUUUUCUUUGGAAAUGCCCGGAGCGAGUGGGGCAGCAGAAAAUGAUAAAAACAGAGGAUAACUGAAAGGAUUGAAAGAAGUAACGGAAGGAUUGAAUGAAGGAUUAAGGAAGAAUUAUUAAAGGGCCAAUUGGCAAAAUCCUCGAGACUGUCAGUGAAAGAGAGGGAGGGGAGUGGGAGUGUUUGCAUUAUUAUCCGUUCGAGUAGAGAUCGAUCGGCUUGCUCUGUAUCUAUGCAAGGAUGAGAGAGGAGGCAGAUUGUGAGUGAAAGCCGGAGCAAAAGGAUGAAAGGGUGAAAGGUUGAAGGGUUGAAAGGUUGAAAGAGUGAAGAGUGGGAGAAACAGAGAGAGAGAGAGAAAUAUAAGUGUGUAUACGAGUGUGUGCGUAAGAGAAUGACGGACAAGCCAGAAAUGGAAAGAAAAAGAAAAAUUGUCGAGUGACUAAAAAUACGUAGUCAAAUUCGUGAAAAAAACUAACCUAACGUAACGACAAUUAAAUAGUAACUAACGUUAAAAUUUGUGUUCUAUAAUUAACAUUACGGUUAAUGAACGUGAAAAACAAAAAAAAAGAUUACAAGUUACCUUUUAAAGUUAUAAUUAUCAAUUGUCGAGUUGAAGGGAUGAAUACUUUAGUGACGAAAAAAAAAAAGAAAAAAAUCAAACCAAGAGAUUGUAAGAUUCAUUCUGACAUUUCGUGAUUAUUAGGAACUAUACGUAAGACGUGUAUAUACACUGAGCGUUAACCAAUCCGGAAGGAUUGAGAUCUUUGAGAAUUAAUUUUAAAAAAACAUUUUAGGAAAGAUCGAUAACACAGAGUGCAGAAUUUUUAUGCUAGAGUCCAAUAAUAUUUUUUUCUUCCUAAAAAAUCGUCUCUCCGAAUGCGGCACGUGAUUCGUCACACGUUCAAUUCGACGCGGGCCGACUGACAGGAUGACAGCGUGACGAGAUAACAGAAGAGGCGACAGAGUAUAAAGCAAAGAGGGAGAGAAUGAUUGAACGAAUGAUGAAGAAUGAUUGAGAAAAAAAAUGAACGGCAACUCUAUAUAUUUAUUUUUUUCUUAUUUUCAUUAUUACUUUUUCAUCUAUUCAAAUUUAAAAAUAACGAUCGAACCAUUUUCCGCGUGAUAACACACACACACGAUAAAUCAGGUCUUACACCGUUAAUACCGAACGACGAGGAUAUUCGUAGGAAAAAAAUGAGACAUGCACUUUAAUGAUUAUUUAUUGAUCAUCCAUCGAUCCUCCAAACGAAAUGCGACAUUCCUGUAAACUUUCUCUCGAGAAUUGAUUGCCUAACGAGGAUCGCGGGUCCUUCGAAAUUCGACAUAUCACUCCUAACCCUUACGACGUAGAUCGUUAAGCACGUCCAAGUAAACAGAGACCGUCGAAAGCCAUUGUUCUUCUCUCGUAAUAAUCAAUUGUUAAUUAUCGAGGAAUUUAUUGGAAAAUAGAAAAGAUCUUCCGUUACGAUCGAAUCGAGCGUUACUGUUGAAUUUUCAUAUAUUUUUCGAACAAUGGGCAACAGCCUAUUGAUACCUCAACCAGAAGUCAGUUUGGUAUUCGUUCAUACAUUCCGUAUCUGUUCUGGACAGUCGAGAUACACCUGUCCGAGAAAUACAAGCAAGAUUUUCCGUAAUGCAGCAGACAUCUCGAAGGGCUGUCGAUUCUCCAGCUCCUUGAGAUUUAUUCAUUAGUUUCGGUAUAACGAACAGUUUAGAAAUUACGCUCGAUUCGAUCGCGUCGCGAAUCAUUUGGGAUUUCUUUGUGAGAGAACCGGGAAAAGUGGAAGUCUUCUUUUUAAAAAAAAAAGAAAGAAGAAGAGCGGGAAAAGAAAUUUAAGAAAUUAAAGAGAGAGGAUUUUCUACGUGUAUAAAAUCUAUUGUCGAUUAGGCGACACAAUGGAGAUCAGUUAGUAGGCGAGCGAUUCUUUUGAUGUGGAUGCUGCGAAAGCGUAGGGAGCCAAGUGUCCUUGAUACGACCGGCGUUCUCGCUAAAAACGAAAUACGCGAAGAGAAGAAAGGGAGAGAAAUUGUUAUAGGAACGUUAUGAGAGAAGGAAAGAGAAACUACUCAAAGAACAGAUUACAGACUGAUUUCGGAGUAACGGGCGAAAAUAUUUUAGGUGUGAAAACCGAUCUUAGAUUAAAAUGGAUGCUGGAGAAAGAGUGACAGAGAGAGAGAGAGAGAGAGAGAGAAAGGAGAGAAUGGGAGUAAAAGAAAAGUGAAGAGAGAGAGAGAGAAGAUCAUAGAGAGUGAUUGAAUGCGAAAUUAUACAGAUAGAUAAAAACGCCGAUCUCCUUGGCUACCGGGAGAUCCGCCUAUAUAUAUUAUUAUUAAAAAAAAAAAAAACGAACUAGUAGAUGAUUAAAAUUAUGAUGAAGGAGUGAGAGAAAAAAAAAGAGAUAAUACUAUAAGAACCGUUAGGCAUUGAAGUUCUUAGAAAUGUGGCAUUUUUCACGGAGAAAUACAAUAUCAGCAAAUUCUUUCGCCAGCGAUAAGUCAAGCAAAAGCUAGACGAAGUAGAGAGCGUGCGAUGCUAUAGUAAGGUAUGAAUGCUCGUAUAAUCCGAAUCGACAAAAAUUGAUGAGAACGAGGUAAAAAAAAAACAGUGAAGAAUCGUUACCCGACUCAGUGACAAAAUCAGACAUGAAACAUUGAAAUGGAUGAAAUACAAUAUAAAAAUAACAGAAUCACAACUAAUCCCAUCACCCCCUGACCACCGUAAAGGAUCAGCCAAAAAAAUAAAAUCCGAAUCUUACCGAGCAAAGGAAAAAAAAAAAAUCAGAAAAAAUAAACAUUCAACAUCUAAACGAGGAUCGAGUCUUUCCUUUCGACUUUUGACGAAAAAUAAUAAUAACAUUAACCACAAAAGUCAUACCCACGUCCACGUCCCAUGUAUACACACACAUACACCCUGUCCUGUCGCGUCGCCAUUUUCUCGAACCUCCCGUCAGAAGGAAUCCUUUCUCUCGACUCGUAAAUACGAAACAGAGUAUGCAGAGAGUGCAAAGAUGCCUAUGGAGGACGUUAAUCGAUAACCAAUCAAUAAAACCAACAAUAAUGGGAAAAAAAAAAACAAAUACCGGAUCUACAAAAAAUAAAUAUACACAGGAUACGUCAUAUUGAUAAAAGUAUUUAAAAAUGAAAAAAAAGCAGUCGCGUAGAUAUCAUACGUAAUAGAGAAGUUAGUAGGAGUAAAAGUAAUAAUUAGUAAGAGAAGCGAGUAUCGGCAAUGGGGCAACAGUGAGCAGCAGCCGCAGCAGCAGGUACUAGGAAUGUUUGAAUGUGCGAGGAUGUGAAACUGGGUUGCCGCGUUGUGUCUAGGUCCUAGAUAAGAUAAUAAAGGGAAGAUGAAAAAUAGAAAGGGAACCGCAGACCCUCUGGCACGAGGCAGCUAUGGAACCGAUCUCGGCCUUCCGCCCGAUUUUUCAAAUAGUCGCUUCGACGUACCCUCGACGUACGCCCGAACAUUCUGAAUAUUUGUAUAUGCUUAUAUAUAUACGGUAUAUCCCCAUUCGACACAUCCAUUAACCCAUAACACACGUAUUAUUAAAAACUACGCCACGAAGUACCACCCGAAUAAUAAUCAUGAGAUAAUUCUUAAGUGACCGUUUCAAUGAAUAAUCAUUCAGGCCGAUAUGCGUCGUCGAGGACGAAGCGACGUGGCGGCCGACGCGAUCGGCAGGAACGUCUUGUAAAGAUUGUGGGAAUUGUUUUUCUGCGUCCCGGCGGCCAUUACUAAGUUUUUGUCCGUGCCGGGACACCAUUGUCACAGCGAUACUUUUUCAGCCUCUGGUUCCCUCUCUUGUAAGGAGAUACGAAGUUUUGGGGAAAAAAAAAAGAGAUAAAAAGAAAAGAAACCAAUUUCUACACCUUAAAUUCAUUCGAUUUUUUCAUUUUCCAUAUAUUACGGUACCAUUAACUUUUUUACGACAUAACCUCUAAUUAUGGAUAAAAUUAAAUUAGUUGUACCUGACAAUGAUUAUUCGUCGUAUAUCAAUUUUGUUCAGAACUUACCUUAUGGCGUUUACUGUAAAUUAUACCGGUUUUAUUUGCAAUAGACACCAGCGAAAUUGACACAUGGAUAUGUUUUGGCUGAUUAUACUUACGACUGUAAAAUUUGGUGAAUAUUUGACAUUUUUGGAUUUAGUCAAUAUUCGAAAUUCACUAGAUUUUAGCUCGACUGAAUAAUUGAAUGGAUUAAUUGGUGAAUUCUUGGUGAUUAGAAAGAGAGAGAGAGGAUGGGGGGUGGAGUUUAUGAUAGAAAGAGAGAGAGAAAGAGAGAGAGAGAGAGAGAGAGAGAGAGAGAGAGAGAGAGAGAGAACUACAGGCAGCAUAACCUGUCUACUUUAAUGCAUUACGAUAUUUAUCUUGAACUACUAAUCUACCAUUCGAGGUGAUAUUACUUUGGACAUUUUACUGGCGUUAUUCCUUGGUUCGCUUUGAAAAUAAUAAUUUCGCUAUAUUCGGUUGCGCACGAGACGAUAAAAAAUAAAAGACACACUAUAUAUUACACUGAAGAGGCAGACUUAAAAAAAAAAUUCCGUUUUUGGCAAAACACCAAAAAUAAUAUAACAAAGCUAACCAAGUAUGCGAGAGAUGAUUACGAUGAGAAUCACAUUAGAAUGUUGGAUACGAGGAUAGAAUGUGAAAUUGAUGAUGCGAGUAAUGGUUAAGAUCCACCAAGCAGCACAAACACACACAGUUUCGGCCCGAAUCUAAAAGACACAUCAAGGAAAAAAGUACAAGUUUUCACGUUUGCGCCUUACAUUAAAAUUAAAAGUUGAUCAAAAACGUAUUCGUACCAAAAUCGGCCUUAGUAUAUUUUCCAGCGGACGCGCGCGCGGUACCCCGGGCGGGCAUUUCCGGUAAGCGGUACGCGCUUCCGGUAUCGGGAAACCUAUAACCUCGCAGAAACUCAGCACAAAAUCAUCGAAUAGAUUUUUUUCUUAAUACCCGACCGGCCCGUACGUUAAUUGACCGCGAAACCGCCCGAGGACCGGUCGCGUCCAUCAACCCCUCUAGACUCUCUUUUCGCGUAGAAAGAAAAACACUUCCUGCAUGUUGACACGAGUGGAUGGGUCACCCACGAUUAAGAGAAAUUUACAAAAAAGAGAAGCCUGCCACGAGUACUCCAUCCCAGCCCAAUCCCUCUGGACCCCUGCCCCGUGCACCUCUAAGAGGAAAAAAAAGGAAUGAAAAAACACAAAAUACAAAAAAUCGAGCAAGAUAAAGAGAGAGCGACCACAGAGCCGUUGGAAAUUUUUGGAAAAAAAAAAUUUUAAAUGCCGCACAGCAAAAUUGUAUUGAACCAUUAAAAAUUCAAAAAAAAAAAAAUCCGGGAAGCAUCACGUCCGUGAAAAAUCCGCCCCACGAGCAAAACCCGGACAGAUGAGAAGAGAAAAGAAAAAGUGAAAUAAAAAAAACAGUGCGGAGAGCAAAAAUUUGGAAUGUCAUUGGAAUCGACUUAUUUUGGGUGACCCCGCCAUGACGUCUGCGCGUUUGGGCCAGCUCGUCCAACUCAUACUAGACCGACCGUUAGUUAACGAUGUAAACGAUGAACUAACGACCUUCGAUUGGUUACGUUUGCGUUGACGGUUACGUUUGUUACGUGUGCAUACAUAACAUGUACCCCUAACACGAAUCCCCCGUACCCCUAUCAACAGUCCACUCACCCAGUCUAAUCCGACAGUAUGAAAUCGGUCCCAACAAGACGGACACAUGACGCAAUAUACUGAAAUAAACACUGCGAAGUAAUGAAUUAACACUGUAAUGAUUAUUAAACGCGACAUCGUCUCAGGAAGUCGUCAGAUCGCGUCUCGAUUCCCCACCAAAGAUUGCACUUUGACCCCAUUCAACGCGACUGGGGUAAGAAUGAUAGAAGCGAGUGUAAACUGUACUCGCAAAAAAAAAAAAAAGAAAAAGUACUCUUUCUCGGCAGAGAGUAAUUUGGGUUGAAGAGGCCGAAAAAUAAAUUCUCAAAAAAUCCCCCUCAACGGAGAAUUCUCUCGAUUUCCUAAUUUUUGAGAGAACCGAGAAUCGGUGAAUUUCGCGUGGCGAGACGAGACGUCGAUCCCAACGUACUUUCCGGUAACUGAGAGGAAAAUAAAUGAAAUAUAAAAAAAAGGGUAAAUACGCGAGCCACGGCGGCGAGAUGGUCGCUGGCCCACGUGGGCAGAGCUGACUCGAUGAUAUAAUAAUGAAAACCAAAAGUAAUCAUUUUAAUUGAAGACGUUGCAUAUAGAGUGUAAAGCGAUUUAAAAAAAAAUGAUAAGCACGUAAUUGUAACGAUCUACCAUUCGAUUUCCUGUUUUCAUCGAUUUUCGCGUGGGACAUCGGCGUGUCCCAUAACGAGCCUCCCUGCCACCCUGUCCAAGUCCCAGGAGUCCCCUAAUGAUAAGAGACCCAAGUAUCCUCCGCCCCGAAGAGACCCAAAGCCCCAAUCGCCAAUCUAUCCCCCAACUACCCCACAAGGUUUGCUUCCAAUCCGUACAUGUUACAUUGAAACCUAAUAACUAUAAACUACCUAACAAUAAUAUUAAUUAUAAAUUAUAAUAUUAAUUGAAUGAUACUUAAUGAUUAAUUAAUUAAUACUAAUGAUAAUGAUUAAUAUAAUGAUACGAGAUACCCGGUACAUGGCGGAUAAUAAACUAUCCACUGCGAACGAAACGGUUCUACACCGGUCCUAACAACGGGUGACCAGAUCGAAAAAAAGGAGAAAAAAAAAUAAAGAAACAAGAAUAAGAGUAAACGCGACAUAAAGAGGAAAAAAAAAAGAGAAAUACACAAAAAGAAAGAGUACAGAAAGUAACGUACGCAUCAGCCCUUCGAGACUUUUGAUAGCGAACUUCGAGCGAGGCAAUAAAAAGAAGAAAAAGAAACUCAAGAACGAGAAAGACAUAUUUCGCUAAAAAAAUAAUAUUUCGCUUAAUAACUAAUGAAACGCUAAGGAAUGCAAAGAGAGAAGCAGCAAAGAAGAGCAGGAAGCAUAGAGAAAUAAUAAUUGAAUCCUCGAAGGCGGCGAUCGAUUAACCUCGCCUAUCGACCACCGGCGACCCGGAAUCGAAGGAUGAUGAUGAUAUAAUGAUAACGAUAAUUAUUAUGACGAGGUUGUUUUCUUGUCUCUUCUUUUUUGCCCCGGUCACCCGGUAGAUACGAGUACCGGUGGGAAAUAAUUUUUGUGAAAGUGGUCGUUUCUUACCCAUCAUUUAUACACUAGCUGUAAUGAACUUAAUUAUAAUGACACACAACAUUACGAUACUAAUUAUAUUAUUGAUAUACUUAUGAUUAUGAACUAUCCUAGUGGUAUAUAUGACGACAUAGUUGAUUGAUCUGUUUAAUGAAUGUCUGUAGACCACGGAGCGUUUGGAACUCUAUGCUACCCGUUGAGCACCCUUCUUAUCCAAAUCCACAAUCCUUAAACCACCCAAUCAACCCAACCAUAGAACCACCAACGAACCUUGACCUCAAACGAUUAACCUUGAAAUGAUUCGAAUGAUAACCUUCCAAAAGGCUCAAAUAAAUUUUGAGCUUUUAUCAGGCAACGAUAUUAAGAAUUAAUAACAAUAGAGAAAUAAUAUAAUACCUACAGGGGACGUAGAUACGAAAACCUGAAACUAGAUGAAACUGAUCGAUUCAGAAAAAAAAAUAUACGCUUCGCAUUGGCUAAUUGGAUUCAAAUUGGCUAAAUGGGACUUUGCCUUUGGAUUGCAAAGAUACAUGAAUUUUUACACGAUCCGGGUUUCGGUUUCAAGUUUUAACCGAUUUUUCCGUCUAGUCCAAAUACUAUUAUCCAAAUCUUACCGCAGAUCAUUGGAGAAGCUCGUUUUUAAUUUUUGAAAAAAAAAAAUCCAUACUGUUCGUUAGAAUUGGACGAUUUGUAGAAUAUUAUUAAAAAAUAUACCGGACUAUGUUAAACUUUCAUCUGUAACGUUUAUAUUAGAUGCAAGUAAUAUAUUUUGAAUGCACAUCAAAAUCGGUUUCAAACACCGAUUCCAUUUUCAAAAUUGUCCAUUUCUAACGAUAUUACAGUAAGUCAAUAUUCGUACAACAACUGUUUUUCAUCUAACUUUGCAAAUCCAUAGAGCCAAAAAUCCAAAAUUAUUGAAUUACCAAAAAAAAAAAAAACGAAAUAUCAAGCAAUAUUGAAUUUACUAAAAAAAGAGACAAGAUCAAGAAAUAAGUAAAUUCUCAACAAAAAAAACCCUCUGCCAUUUUUACCGAUUAGCGAGCUGCGAGAUGCUAAUCAAAACCAGACCUCUUUUGAGUUAUCAUAACCAAGUCGACUAUUUGCUUCGUUUUAAAUAUUUUGUCAAAAAAAAAAAGAAUGAUGCAGCAACAUCAGCCAUCUAAUCCCCUAUCCAUUUGGCCACUCGAGCCCCUGAUCCCCUCCACCUGCCCGCACAAAAAGAAAAGCCUUACUUUCCCCACCAACAUUUCCAUAGAGUCCGCACAAUUGUUAAGUUAAGUUUUUCGUAGCUAGUCAAUUCCUUUGUAUAUUAUUCAAAACGUGUGUUUUACGAUUAGCUCGCUGUCUUCAAUAGUUAAGAAUGUUUUAUCUAGUAAGUUUUUAUCCCGUUCCCAAAAUUGACCCAUCAACCAAUCUAAUCAUCUAUCCAUCUAGCUAUCCACGUACCUAUAUUUAUCUAUACGACCCAAUAUCCAAAAUUCUAUAAAAUCCAAUUUCUUGGAAUGGCGUAAAUACGUAAAACGAAGGGGGACGCCUUGGCGUCACCAGGCGCUGUUAUGUUGCAACUGUUGACCCGUUGACGAGGACGCCCGGCGUCCUGACGUCGUUUAUCCCGUUAACGCCAAUAAGCAUCCCGUACGUUGUCGCAAGCUUACGAUUAGAUCGCCUGGCUCUAGUUACUAGUUUGCCAUUUUCACAGAGGGUUAAUGGACACUAAGGGAACCAGUAUUAAUUCAGGGAAUCUCCGCAAGAUGUCCCUCUAUCCUUUCUGGAUAAUUAAAGCGAAGAAUUCGCGAAAACGCGAAACUAUUAAGAGUCACUCUGAGCGAAGAAAAAAAAUCUCACGAUGAUUUCGAGACAUUUUCAUUGUCAGAGUGAAAUAACAUUUUCCAAAUUUCUUGUGCAAUCGAAUACGUGUGUCGAUAUACUGCAAUAUCGUAUCGACACUGUGUUCUUACGUUCUUCCGUGCUAGUCAGCGAUUUUUCCCUCUCCGAUACAAAAUUAUUCAAAAAUAUUCUUAUCAAUCACCCCCCCUUCCCCCCCCGAACACCCUCUCCACUCACCAACGCUCUUUCAAACAGUCUCUACAUUAUGCCCCGAUUCCGGAGUUUCCUUUUUGGCAAGGCCCAAUUACACUUCCUGCCGAUACUUAUUGUACUCAGACCUCAGUGAACCACAGUGAAAUGUGACAGACAGUCUGUGUGAAAACUUUUCAUUUUAUUGGAAAAAUUUCUUAAGAACAUUUCACCGAAAUACACGUCGUAUGAUUGACCGUGAUUGGAGGCACACGUAUACGCUUUUUCGAGCUACUAACCGCAGUGGCGUCAAUGCACAUAUUUGAAAACUAGGUAUUACACUCGAAAGACGUCGAUGUAUACUUCCGUUUAAGAUUCUUAAGAAAUUUUGCCAUCCGACGACAGCAAGCAAUUUAAGGAUUAAAGAAUCACAUGAAAUUUAGAUUCACCGGUUUUCAGUUGAAAAAUUGACAGUCAAUGUCCUAUUCGGUGCAGUAAUCGGGUCUGCUACGGAAACUCCCGAGUCACCCCGAAGUUAAGUUCCGCCUGGGCAAGUACAGGCGAGCGCCGGUCCGGCUCUCAAUUUUGAAAUAGCCAUUUCGACGAAAGCGAAAAAAGCGAACAGACCCUCAAAACCCGACGCAAUAGAAGAAGGCAACCGGAUCAAAAUACCGCCAUAUUAAGAAACAGUUUCUCGCGUGGGGCCCGGAACCGGCUAUGACGUAUCAGUCACGUGGGUGCAUAAGGCCCUCGGUCACGUGAUAGCCGGUACGAAUUAUCACGGGUCCCACGUCCUCUCUCACUCACAGCACACACUGGGCCGACUCGUCCGAUAGAAUGUGCCUUCAGUGUUGAUUUUAUACGAAAAAAAAAAAAAAAAUACUAAAAUUAUACAAAGGGGCCCGACAUAGACCGAAUGCCCACCCAAAGCCAGACUGGUGCUCGCCCACUGCCCCUUUUUUUAUCACCAACCGGUUACACGAAACUGCACACUUUCCUGUAUCCUUAUCAGCUGGACACGAAACCCGGUACCCUGGUGAACUAUGACCCGAAAUCAUUAUCCUCCAAGCCUACGUUAUCCCAAGGCAAUAUUCGUCAUCGAGUUAACCCAUCUAGCAUAUCGUAACAGAUACCUUGAUCAUAGUGGGACUCAAAAAAAUUUUUUCACCAAAUUCACCAGGAUUCUGAUUUUCCAUCGAAAGAUAAGGAACAUUCCUUCGAAACAAAAUGGCACAAAUUCACACGAAAAUCAAUUACCCCAUCACGUCGUACACACAUUUAAUACACAACAUAUCCAUACACAGUACGGAGAUACAGAUACACAGAAAAAACAAAGUGACGAGCAAAGAUCAAGCGACGUGCACUCGCUCGCGCAGGUGCACUUCGAAUAACAAAAAGUAAAGAUCAACCAAGUGCCCCGGUUAGCCUGAAUCCCACAAUAGCCAAAGGCCAAAAACCAUUUUGAAAAUAUUACGAAACAUCACUAACAAAAAAACACCGUCACCACUACCCCGACCCCCCACAAGAGAUUUUGGUUCAGGCAAGGAGUUCGGAACGCUGCUAUCACCGAUACACAUAUAUUUAUUAAAUACAAUUACUAUACGAUAAGUACUUACAUAUAUAUGUGUACUAUGGUCUCUCCCACUUCCCAUCAGACAAGCCAAUUGAGUUGGGCCGCGGUUCAGCGACCCUCGACUGUGGCCAAGAUCAAUCCUGAUGUAUCAGAUCAAACCAACGAGAUCACCGGAUCCCAGAGCCAAUUAAAAUCGAUUAUUACAUCGACGCUCAAUGAUGGAGAUCCUUUCCUAUCGAUCUAAUCAGGAUCGAUCGGCAUCGCGCACCUUCACGAAUCUGUCCGUGAUCGCUGGACCUCGCCGAUCGAGUCAUUCCCAAUCUCCCUCUUUCCCUGCCCCUCCUCGUUACCCUAAAUUCCGAUCACCGUCAGACCGAAAACUGACCUAUCCCAUCCCCAUUGAGCAACCACAUCCAUAAAGAAAAACAAGACCCAGGCAAAAUCCUUUUGCCUCCCCCCCCCCCUGCCCCGAUUACCCUUCAAACAGCCCAUACAAGCGUAGAAUUAACCGCAUAACUAUGAAAGCUACAUAAACUAACUAACUAACUACGAUUACUUAUUAAUUAUUAACGAUUACGCAGUAAACAGUAUAAACAGUACCCAGUAACCAUGAAUUGUGUGUCGACAACUACAUACUACUACCUACCUAUAUCGAAUAAUAGCCGUAUGUAAAAGGAAACUUGUAUUCUACCAGUUGUAUCAAGCAAGUCCGUUCUAUAAGUAAACGAUUGAACCCCGGAAACCCCCCACCCACCCACUACCAAUCAUCCAAAGAAAAAGCUCGCCUGUCACUCAUAAAAGAAAAAAUCCAGAAAACCACAAACAAUCCCCUGUCACACAUCGAUCCCCCGGUCCAAGUAAACAAAUCAACAACCCUCAUCCUUAUCGUAACGAACCAUCCAGCCUGAAAGCACACGCCCAGCUCCCACCUACUCCCAAUACCUUAGAGAUCAGCUUCGAUCAGCGAUAAAUCCUCUGCCAAUUACCUGCCCUGCAGUGACACUGGAUAACAUUAAUUAUCUAACUACUAGCAAUCGUAGGCAGAUUGUAAAACUUCAUACACGUUGUACGCACAUGUGUGGGGAGACCAUGUAACUUUAGCUCCGCCGCUCAUUCCACGCAUCCUCGCACAACGUAAGCCUGCCGAACCUUCCAAUAAGAAGCCACGCAUUACCGGACUUUGGGAAUGAUCGAAUUACUAUGGAAUUGCGUAGUCGCAAUGUAUUGAUAUGAGAGAGAGAGAGAGAGAGAGAGAGAGAGAGAGAGAGAGAGAGGAUGCCAUUGUUAGAUGAUGCGUGAUGGUGCGCUGGUAAGGUGCUAUGGUGCAUAAUGUGCGAGGAUGCGACCAUAAUAGCCGCUGGUGUAGCAGCUAGCGCCCUUAACUUUAACCCUUAACAACCCCACAUUGACAUUUCCCACGAUUCCCUACGUGUUGUAUUAUCCGUUAUUUUCGAUAUAAUAUUAUAUUAGUAAUUAAUGACAUUUAAUGAUAACGUGACGAUGAUAAGGUAUGGGAGACGUUUGGUCACAAACAAGAAACUAGUUGCCGUGUUUGAGAAAAGAAAAAAAAAAUCACCACCACCGUAAGAGAAAGAAAAAAAACAACAACAACAACAACAAAAACAACAACAACAACAACCACAACAACAGUAAAUAACAACUGACCUACCCGCGGGUCCGCUUCGUCUUCGUUCCCGUCGAGUCGACGUCACGACGUCCAUAACAAUUAUAUAUACGGGAUCCUCUGUCUAUCGGCGUCGCCAGGACUCACACGUGCAUCCCAAUGAAGAGACCUGCCGCCGUCCCGACGCUCGAGACUUGGCCCUCGUCGCGACGCUAUUUUCUCAGUGCAAUCCGCGUCGGCCACGCCCACUGUUCUCUCGCGAGAUAUACAGUGCGUUACGUUAUCACGUGAUUUCCUAUUUUCUCGAUAACGUCGGGACGGUGACGUCGCGACGCUGCGCGAUCGUAACGAUCGUCCACGUGCGUCCUGGCUCACUGCCCCUUGGACAGCUGGACGCGUAUGGGACAUAUGUGCGUGGACUCUUACGGGUGCGACGUUUGCCUCAUAGCUGACAUUUUUGUACAGGAUAAAUGCAUAAUGGUAUAAUCUUGAGUUACAGAGCAGCACUAUACAUACAACACAGAUGAUGUAUAUAUUUUUACGUUACAGAAUAUGCCUGGCACUACAGGCGCCAUAAGACUGGUUCUCAUUUCCCAUGACAAUGCGUACAUACCAUAUUUACAUAUUGUAAUAAAACCUCGUGAUAUUUAUAUACAGUAAAGCAAAACAGUACCAGGAAUAUAUCAUGCAAGAGUGAUAGGAUUGGGGUACGACCGCUCGCAGCACAGCGUACAGACUGUACCGCGUUGAGAUUCGCGCGUAGCGCUGAUUUUUGGGCUCACGUGUACCACUUACGAUGUAUAUAUGUAUACAUAUUGAUUCCCGUCAAUUUUCAACGAUACCACGACGAUCGUUAUCGGACGCGAAUUUAAGAUUGACGAUUUUGAAAUUCACGAUGAGACCCUCGGUUAGCGCUACGUGAGUCUGAUGUGGUACUCGAUGGGAGAGAGCUUGGCAAAGUACCAAUUGGCCAUUCAACCAAAAGAAAUCACAAGCUUUAUAAAGGAACGACCAAAUUACCAUCCUGAUUUAACGAUUCGGCCGUUAUUAACCCAAUCAGAAGGAAUUCUAAAAUCUCAUCGGCUAUUGAAUGUUUGGGACGCGAUAGGACGAGGAUGCGUUGGUAUCGGAGUGGAGAACGAGAUAGCGUGCUAGGGGAGUAAAGAGAGAGAGAGAGAGAGAGAGAGAGAGAGAGUAGAAGGUGGCGAUUGUUCGAUGAUGAAAGACGUCGUGUAUAGGAAAGAUAAAAGUGUGUUGCUUGCGGCUUACCCCAAAAGAAAAAGAAAGAAAAACAGAAGCAUAACGCGGGUAGGAGUCUUCUAUGAAUCCUCGGCGUAACUUUCAAUAUUUUUGAAUCGCCCGCCGAGGAUAUCCUGAGUUUGAUAAUCCGUGCUCGGGCGACCCUCCCUCUUCCCGACGCGACCCCAGCCGUCGUGUAGGAUCGGCGUGGAGUGAAAUCGCGGGCGUUACCCCUGGCUCGACGUCGGUGGCUUCUUGUUUCUCAAGGGUCUCGCGAGCGAGUUGGUCCUCGGGAUUGUGAAGCACCCCCGCGGGCGGGCAAUGGCCUAAAAUUAAAUGCUUUUUUUCUCCUCACGGAUGGCUUGAUAGUAAAUUAAAAAGGGUUGUAGAGGGGGGUAGGGGGUGGGAGCGGGCUGCUCGUUGUUUGUAUCGUCGCAUCUGACUAUGAGGGAUGAGGGGUAGUUUUUAUGAAAAUAUCGAAAGCCGAGGACCUUCGAUUUCCAAAACGUCCCUUGAGAAGGCGAAACCACGAACGGGGCCAAUGAUGACGCGCUGCCGAGUGCCCUGUAAUCGACGACGGGGUUGCGAAGGGAUCGCCGCCUACGAGAUAAGGGAUGGAAAAGAGGGUGAGGGAGUGGGGGGAGAGAGAGGGUUGCCAAUAGAGCUGAUGACACAAUUUUGAGUUGCAGUGCAAGCGAACAUCUGUAGAGCCAUAUACAUAUAGAAUGUUGUUGUAUCUUAAAGGAUAACGUAGUAGGUGUACAUUGUAAGGAUUGCGGUUGCAGUGAAAAUUCUGACAGCGAAGCGUAUUUAAGUACUUCUUAAAGGGAGAGAGAGAGAGAGAGAGAGAGAGAGAGAGAGAGAGAGAGAGAGAGAGAGAAAAGAAAAGAAGAAAAUUGGUGAGAAUGUACGAGAGAGUGAGUGCAAUGUGUGUGUAUCGAUAUGCGAGUUCGUGUGCGUCGAUAAUGAUGAUCAUAAUGCUGAUGAUGUUGACGAUGAUGAUGAUGAUGAUGACGGAUGCGGAAAUAUGAAAUUGCGGAAAAUUCGCGAACUGGUCAUCGGCGGCCCCGUCCGUAACGGGUGCAAGUAAUUUUAGGUGUAUAAAAAUUAUUCUCGCAGUUAGGGUGUUCUAAAGAAAUUAUUGUAAAAAAAGUUUAUUAUAGGGGAGAAAUUUUACUGUGGCCAGGCUCGAAGGCCGUGGAACCCUUUGGAACUACUGAAGGGAGGAGGACUUGGUAGGAGUUGGCGAGGUCCUACGAUGAGAGAAAGAGAGAGAGAGAGAGUGAGUGCGAAUACAUGAGUGGAUUGAAAGGGUGAGAGAGAUUGAGUGAGCGAAAGGGUGACGAGAAACUAUAACGGGUGGCGAUAAAAAAAAUUAUUGUAAAUUUUCGAAGGGGGGAUGUUCAGGUCGGCCGAUGACCAAGGUGCGAAUUAUCAAAAAAAAAAAAAAAAAAAGAAUAACUGAAAUUCAAGCUCGAAGUUACAAGGGCGCC